GUGAGGUCUCGCGUAUUGGAUCCUCCUCACGUGCCUGCGGAGCUUUGUUCUACAGCUUCCCAACAUUCACACCUCCAAAUUAAUCUUCCAGCUAGGGUUUUAACCAUCGCUAAAUUCCACGUUAAGCUCAAUUCAUUUUUCUCCUGUUUCCAAGAUCGCGUUUUCCCUCUCUCUCGAGCCCUAAUUCUGGAAAGCUGCAGCAUAUAUGGCGGAUGAUUAUUGGAAUCGGCAGCAGCCUCUGCUUCCCUCGCCAGGCAUGCUCAAACGACCUCGUACUGAAUAUGAACCUCCAUCCUCUGGAUUGCCUGCCGUCCAUGAGAUGCACAAUUAUAUAGCAAAUGAUGAUCAUGGUGGUCCUCGGGCUGUAAAAGAUACACAAACAAUUGGAUCAGCAUACGAUCGUUAUCUCCAAAGUGUGCAACUUUCUUCUUUUACUUCCGGAGAAGUACCUACCCAUGGAGAAAUGGGCAUGGGAAGGCCUCUUGCAAACAGAAUGCCAAUUGCGAAUAGAAUGCCUGGCCCUUUAUUACCCGAUCCUGUUGUAAUGAGUCGUCCUCUCGCUGUUUCUCCUGAUCUUGCGCUUAAUGGUCGAAAUAUUGAGUAUAGUAAUCAUCUUCCUGUAGAUUCAACGAACAGACCCAUACGUGAAACCGUGCCUCUUCCUCCUGAUGCCACCAACACUUUAUAUGUUGAAGGACUUCCUUCAGAUAGUUCCAGGAGGGAAGUAGCUCAUAUUUUCCGCCCCUUUGUGGGAUAUAAAGAACUGAGACUUGUGACCAAAGAAUCUAAACAUCGUGGCGGGGACCCCCUAAUAUUAUGUUUUGUGGAUUUUGCAAACCCAGCCUGUGCAGCAACUGCCAUGAGUGCAUUGCAAGGUUAUAAGAUGGACGAACAAGAUCCCGAGUCUAAUUACUUGCGACUACAGUUCUCACGACAUCCAGGUCCGAGGUCUGGCUCUGGAUCUGGCGGCAAAAGGUGAAUAAUCUUUAGAGACAGGAUGAACAAUUUAAAUGAGAGACGUAUGUUCUUGUAGUGCACAUUUUACUAGCUGCAAUAUGCAUCCCAUUAUAUGUUAGACAUGCUGUUGUUAAGAUAGGCAAAUUGUAGCCGACUCCACUGAAUAUGAAAGUUGCAUGUAAAUUUAAGGGAAUUAGGUUCAGAGAGUUUCAAUAGUCACUGUGUUCUUGAAUAUUGAUGUACAAUCAUGUCAAUGCUUCAAAAUUCAAAAGAUAUAUCUGGUACGUUCUUUAUGAA